GCUGUCAGUGAAAGGAGGAGGGAGAGGAGAGGAACCAUCAGGACCAAAGAGCUGCGCUCUAUCCCAUGUGUCUGGAAGAAAGAAAAUCAGCCAUACACAACGGGAUUAUGAGCUCCUUCUAGAGUAAUUCCUUUAUUAAGGUCACCCUGAAGUUAAACGUGCGCCAGUUGGAUUAUUUUCAGUCUUUUUUUUCUGGAAAUAAUGCUUCCCUGCUCAUCAUCCGCGCAGGCGGAGGGAUGCGAGGAGGAGAGCGAAGCACACAUGGAAACAGAGUGCAACAGACUGACCGAGGAGAGGGACGAGGCGCAGAGGCAGCUCAAACAUAUCAAACGAGUUUCUCAGAUGGUGAUUGAGGAGGUGGGCGUUCUGCAGACUCAGCUCGAGAUUGAGAAGUCUUGUCGAGAAAAUGCAGAGGCCCUGGCCACUAAGCUAAAUUGUGAGAACAGAAAAUUGAAGUACCUGAGCCUAUCGUCUCGGCCAUGUUUGGAUGAACUGCUGCCAAGCAUCUCUGACUGCAUUGCGCUCGAAGCUGACGGAGACUCGGCAGAAUCAGUUGGAAACAGUCCUGACACCUUCUCUCAGUGCCAGCAACAGGUUAAAGAGUUGAGAGAGACGGUAAACGGUUUACUGGAGGAGAAGAAAGGUUUUGUCUGUCAGAUUCACGACCAGCAGAGACAGAUAGAAGAGUUGACCACACAGUCUGAGAAAAAUCAAGAGGAGAUGAAACAGCUUCGUGAAACAGUCGAGCAACAAAGCAAAACAAUCAAGAGAUUUAACAGAGUCUCUAUGAUGGCAGCUCAGGAGUAUGAAGGAAUGAAGGAGCAGCUUGAUUUGGAGCAGGACCUCAGAGUCAAAGCUGAGACGUAUGCACACGAGAUGCUUGUUAAGCAGAAGGAGGCCAAUAGGCAGAGCAUGCUGCUGCUGCAGAGUGCUGAGCCCAGCGUUCAGCUGCUGAAAGCUCUGGAAGACGUUGCUGCUAUCACUAAAACCCUGGAGGAGGAGCGUCUGCAGCAUCAGCAGAAGGUACAGAGUCUGGAGGCCCAGUUUCAGGAAAGCUGUGUGAAGAAACAGCUGCAAGAUCUUCAGAGACAGCUGGAGCUGCUAGAGGUGGAGAAGAAGGAGGUGGAGGGACAUCUGGAGCAGACAGAGAAGAAGAAUGAGGAGCUGGAGAAAAGAGUCCAUGAGCUCCAGGAGGCCCAGAAAAAGAUUACAGACAGCACCAGCCUCCCUCCCCCAGAACCUGGGGUAGCGCCGCCUCCCGCACCUCCUCCACAACCACCUCCACCCCCUCCUCCCCCGCCGCCUCCUCCACCACCUCCACCCCCCUCCAGAUGCAACCCCCUCAGUUCUCUGAUCGCCAUCAUGAGGAAAUCAUCCAAAGGCUCCAAAGCAAAAGUGGAGCCAACUCCAGCUGCUGAAGGCGUGGACGAUGUCAAGGUGAAGGCGGUGAAUGAGAUGAUGGAGCGAAUCAAACACGGGGUCGUCCUGCGACCUGUCAAAAGUCAGGAGAGUAAGAGAAUAGCAGUGAAACCUCCACCCUGUGAGGAGAAGCAGCAGGAAAGCGCCAUGGACGAACUAAAAUGCAUCCUGGAGACGGUGAAGAGGAGUCCCAGCCGAGGCUCCCAAGAGUCUGGACCGUCGGGACCAUCACCACCGGCGAAGAAGGACAGCGAGCUGGAGGUCAUCCUGAGGCGCCGGCGCAACAAGGCUGGAGAGGCCGGAUCAGGAGAUGAACGUGAGGGCCAGAUGAGCCACGUCUCUUCUUCUGACAGCUUGAAUGGAAGACGCACCAGCAGCGAUUCGGGCAAAGAUUCAGAGGGAGCGAGUGGCCUGAGUGCCCCCUCUGAGGCAGCAGGAAUCAUCCGGGUCAGUCCAGACAGAAGGGGCUCUGGUCCGGGGCCCGCGGUGGCCCCAAGGAAGAGGUCUGACCUGGAGAGGAGAUCCUGCAGCUCUCUGUCUGAAAAGGAAAUGUCAGACUCUCCGGUCAGCAAUGGCUGCAUCAGCAGCACCGAUGAGGAAAAUCAGAUAAAGUUGAAUGGAGUUGACCACGAGGAGCCCGGCGACGGCGACCACAACGAGCACGUAAACGUUAGUGCUGACGCCGACUGCUGAGAUGAACUCUGGCAGGCUUCAUUCUGCGAUGUGAACAGAGAGAAAUCAGAGCGAUGAAACACAUUUGCCUUUUUACAAUUAUGGUAUCAAAUGCGCAUUGAAAAUGUUUGUUAGUUGUUGUAUUUUUUUCAUAUUUACACUAACCACAUACAAAAAAUAGAUAACUAACUAAUACAAACAAGACACAACUGGAUUCAUUCAGAUGUUUUAGCUCCAAGAUACUUCCAAAGUUUUCAGAAAUUGUUCUAAAAUAGACAUUCAUAACAAAGUCCAGGUUAAAAUGCUCAAGAAAGAAACCUAACUAACAAAGAUGAAUUCUUGAUUUACCUGCAGUCAGUAAAAAGCAGAGGAAUACUUGUUCAGCCGCUCGUGCAGUCAGUGAAGGAUUCUCGGUAAUAAUCUGUCAAUCAGGUUUUCUGACCCUGAUUGAUUUGAGCCAGUAAAAGCUGCAGCCUUAUGAACCAAAGUCACCUUCUAUUAUCUGCAAAAAUCUCAAUUGUAGCUUCCAUUUUAUCUCAUUUUAACUCAAAGAUGCUCUCGGUUAAACUUUAUGUCAUCAUAAAGUAAUGCACCAUGUUGUUAGAUUUUUCCUCGCCUUGUCUGCAGAACCGUGCAGCUUAGCCACGUUCUGCAGCUGUGGUAGAUGUGACACCUGUAGUACUGGAUUUCAGUGGAUUAAAGUGUCAAUUAAUCCAAUUGAUAAUUUUAUUUUUGUUUUUUCUGCCGCUACAUAUUUGUUUAGGGUUUAGCUGCUUUUAUACAAUAAAAUUCUGUAAUUCUUACUGUGGUUCAGGAACUUUCUGGAGUUACAUUUUUAGGAUGCUUAAUAUCAGCUUUAUGCCCAUAUCCAACAUACAGAUAGAUAAAUUCCUACAAAGUUUGACUGAUAUAGGUACUGAUAAAGAUAUACUUCCCUUCACAACUAUUGGCACCCCUGACAAAGAUGUGUAAAAAGCCUUAAAAUAUAUUCAGCUUUUAUCUCAGGAGCAUUAUCUCAUACAGAAAAGUAAAGAAAUUAAUAUCUACUACAUAAUUUGAGUAAAAUUAUUCAGGGAGCGAGUAAGAUAUCGGUAUAAAAAAGAUUUUUUUUAGAAAUCAGCAGUUCCACAUUUACUAUGUAAAACGAGUGUAACUCAUGAUUUUGUUUUUAUAGUUUACCUUUUAUAUGAUCUGAUUUUCCUAAAAAUGUUCAUAAAUAAUCCAUACACUUCCGUUUCCUGAGAUUUAAAUAUUUCCCUUGGCUACCCUUCAAGAUGGAAAAAAGAGAAAAAAAAAACAUGGCAUUAAGUCUUCAUAUGUUGGAAAAUUCUUAGAAUAAAAUACUGUAGCUCCUAUCUAAGCUGGCCUUCAUCAUCUCUAAGAGCAAUAAUUAGGAAGGAUAGUCAGGGUUAGAGAACUGCAGCAAGAAUAAUCAUUAAGUGCUAUUUGCAAGCCAAGUAGUUAUUUGUGAGUGAUGCCUUGGUUAAAAAAAAAAACACUCUUCAGAAAUUUUUUGGGCACAAACAUACCUAGAUGGAGUUGGUGUGGAACAAAGAUGGACACGGGGAAAAUCACUGUUAAGUAAGCAUGAGGAAUCACAAGGAUCUGUGAUUCUGCGAGCCUGUUUCUCUUCUAACGUUCCUGCAAACAUUGCAAGGCAUCGUUGGGUCUGUCCACAUAAUAUAAAGUUUAUGGCCAAAUCAGCACAUAAAUGGUUUGGCUGACACAUGACCAAACUUUUUUCCAUGGUUAUCUCAACCCCCAGAGCUAAACCUUAUGAAUCUGAGAGAGAUCAAAGAAAGGGAAACCUUAGAGAGGACCCAGGACAAUCUGGAGAACUUGUCUCUAGACCAUUGAAUGGUCAAAGAUCCCUCUCUCUUUAUGCUCCAAGCUUCAGAAGAUUUUUUGUUUUGCAAAUAUCAGAAGGGAAUUGUACAACAUAUUAACAGGAGUGCCAAUAAUUGUGCUACUGGUGAUUAAUAUAUAUAUAUAUAUUUCUUAAUGGGGUUUUUUUUCCUGUACUGGCUAAAAGGUUUGUAGAGUCCUGUUUUAUUUUAAGCAAUCGUCAGCUUCUGACAGAAGCUUUGUAACACAUAAGUCAAGAUAAUUGAGUAAAUGUACAUUUUUAGUCAAGCUGCCUUCAGUUGUGUGACCCUUUAAGUGUGCACCCCCGACUGUUGUAUCGAUCCUCAAGUCCUUUUGUUAAUCUGAACCUGUUCCUGAGCUGCAAACACCUAGGAAUAUGUUUUCACAACCAGGGUUCCUCUCUUCCACUUUUGCUGCUUCUGUUUCAGCUCCAGCGUGUCGACUAUCAGCCUGACAGGUUAGAGAAGUUUGUAAAGUGGCCGAAAUAAAAUUUAAUUUGAUUGACAUACAUCAGUAGGAGUAGACGGAGCACAUUGAACAGGAACCUUCUCAGGAUCUAAAGGACAGAACUUCACCAGGUCUAGGGAGUCGACGUUGAAGAAAACCAAUGGAAAGCCAUGUUUUCUGGCUAAAUGUGGAGUAGAAGUGCUUUGGAGGAAUGAGGUGCUUUUGUAUUUUUCUCUACCUCUCCAUGGACACCUGCCUCUACACUGAAACAUUCUAAAAACAUCAAUUUGUAGCAUGAAAACUCGUGAGAUGCUGUCGUAGUUCCUCCACUGGAGAUCAGACGUCUUCCUGCACUAACUCAGCACUGAGCCCUGUAAUGCAUAUACUGUUAUGCUUAUUGUGCAUUCCUUGACUUUUCUUUUCUACUGUACAUUUACAGCUUUUCUGAACACCUUUAUGCAAACUACGUGAGGCACCUUUGUAUGAAGCUUUCACACACCUUGUCUUUCUUUCUUAACUCACAAUCUCACAUAUUAAAGUCCAUCUUGUUCUGUUCGUUUGGUGUAUUUUACUCAUACAGAGGACCAGAACUGUGUGGUUCUGCUGCAUAUACAGAGUUGGAUUUUCUGCGCAGUGAGGCCUUGCACAAAACCUCCAUAAAGCAGAAAAAUACAACCUACAGCUGGGUAACAUUUUGCAUCCUCUAAAUGACUGCAUUUAAUAACAAUGUGGCUACCUAAAGGGAUUUCCUGUAUGCCGUUGAGUAGGUAUUGUGUGCUAUUGGAAAUAUAAACAGAGUGGUAAAGGUUUUUUAACUUCAUGGAUUUUCAUUUUAGAAUCACUUGAAAUAAAAUGCAACUUAAAGAAA